CUCGCAGCAAUGCCCACUGUGCUGUUCUUGUGGAUUGUUACUCUAGCACACGGUGCUCUUGCAGAACAUGUUUGCCCCAAGCCCCGUGAAGUGCCAUUUGCUACAAUUGAUGUAGACAAGAGAAUAUAUGAGAGAGGUGAAGAAAUUAUGUACACCUGUGAUCCUGGUUAUAGCCAUCAGAGUGGCUCAAGGAAGUAUACUUGCCCUUGGUCUGGUAAAUGGCCUAUCAAUACAAUGAGAUGUAUACCAAAGAAAUGUCCCUAUCCUGAACCCAUGAGAAAUGGAAUAGUUCAUUUUAUAGACUUGAACUAUCAAAGUUUGAUACACUUUUCAUGUGAACCAGGAUACAUUCUCUAUGGAGCAAACACUAGCCAGUGCAUGGCAGAUGGACAGUGGAGUGGAAAACUACCUGAAUGCCAACCUGUGACAUGUCCUCCUCCCUCCCUUCCUGAAUUCGGAGUUAUUUCUUACCAUAAGCUAACGCCUGGAAAUGAGUCUGUCUUCCAAGAUAUUAUCCGUUUUGAAUGCUUACCAUCUUUUGCGUUGUUUGGAAAUGAAACCGCUACUUGUAUGGCCAAUGGGAGCUGGAGUGAUAUCCCAGAAUGCAGGUAUGUACAAUGUCCACAUCCAACAGGGAUAGAAAAUGGAUUCGUAAAUUUUGCAGUCCGCAGAACCUAUCAUUAUAUGGAGAGCGUCGAUUAUGGCUGCCAGCCUCAUUAUGUGCUAGAUGGACCAAGGGAAUCAAGGUGUGAAAAAACAGGUCGCUGGUCCACCAAGCCAUCAUGUAAAGCACCGUGUAAAAUACCAGUUAACAAAGCCACAGUGUUAUACAAUGGCCGGAAGAUAAAAGUUCAGCAAGACCUCAAGGAAGGAAUACAGCAUGCUGAAACUAUUUUCUUUUUCUGCAAAAAUAAAGAGGAAAAGUGUGGCUAUACCAUACCCACUCAGUGUAUAAAUGGCCAACUCACAGUCCCUUCCUGUUUCAAAGAAAUUGGUCGUUUUGAAUCUCUUUGGAAAACGGAUCCAGCAGAUUUGACACCAUGUGAUGCCUGAAGUGAAUUCAAAAUAACAACAUAGUUCUGUUAACUAAAUGUUUUAUUACAACAAAAUUGUAAAAGUGGAAAGGAGGUCCCAAGGAGUUUAUUCCUCCCUGCCCCUACAAACAGUAUACUCUCAUUGCCAGUCUAUUUCACAGUCUAAGAUAAAAUGUUGUUACAAAUUCUCUCUUGAUAUAUAGCUGAUGUGUUCCUUUGCUCACUUUCCUCUCCCACUUAUUUGCAAGUCCCUUUCAGACCAUCUGAAGCAAUACCUCUCCUUUGGUGUUUACACUCUUUCAUGUACUUGUAAUUUGUUCUCACAUCUCUGGCCAUACACCAAUGUAGUCACUUUUCAGUAAAGCUGUAGUGGAUACUUAUUUCUUUUAAUAUUACCUGGUCAUUAGUCAAAUUCUCUAGCUCUUUCCUUUUUAUCGUUUACAGUCAGUUUUAACUGUAUCUACACAAAAAGAAAAGGAGUAC